AUGUCGGGAAAAAAGGCGAAGCCGAAGCCGCCCGACAUGGAGGUGAUCCGGGCGCUGAGCCGCCGGCUGCUGCUGCGACUCGUUCAGCCAAAGUUCGCAGAGCCGAAGCGACGUGUCCCGUUCCUUUCCAUCGAGAUCGAGCAGGUGCUGCGCGGGACGAAACAUAUCCUCAUCACCGAGCCGAUGCUGAUCGAAAUGAGACCGCCGCUGAUCAUCGUCGGCGACAUCCACGGCCAGUACCUCGACUUGCUGCACAUCUUCGAGAUGUUCUCCACCAACAACCGCGACAUAUCGAGCAAGAAGAAGCGCGACGAUGCCGACGACAACCCGGCCGGCGAGAACUGGAAUGGCUUUAUUUGCGAAAACUACCUCUUCCUGGGCGAUUAUGUCGACCGGGGGCCCCGUCAAAUCGAGGUGAUCAUGCUGCUCUUCGUCUGCAAGAUCUUGUGGCCAAGACAAUACGGCCUGCUACGCGGCAACCACGAAAACGCGGUCACCAACCUGGCGUACGGCUUCGAGCAGGAGCUGAACUAUCGAUUCUAUGACGGCAACUCGCUGUGGCACCAGUUCAACAACGUAUUCGCUAUGCUGCCGGUGGCCGCCCGGGUCGGCAGGCGCAUCCUCUGUAUGCACGGCGGCCUCAGCAAGGGCAUGAAGUCGCUGGACGACAUCCGGCGCCUUAAAAAACCGGUGCGCAGCGUGUUCGAUGUGAUGCUCGUCCGGGAUCUGCUGUGGAGCGACCCGGCGCCCGGAAGAGGAUUCAGCAAAAACCACAAACGCAACGCCGGCUGGCUGUUCGGCGAGAAUGAGGUGCGCAAGUUCUGCGCCCGCAUGAAGCUCGACCUGAUCGUGCGCGGGCACCAGUGCGUGCAGAACGGGUUCCGGUUCUUUUGCGGGCGAAAGCUGCUCACGCUCUUCUCGGCGCCGCGAUACGCCGGCUCCGGACGCAACAUCGGCGCCGUACUCGUGGUGCGUCGCGACGGGCGGCUCUCGAUACGCCAGUUUCGUGCUAUCAAUGGAGAAGACCCAGGGCCAGAUCGCUAUAACAAGGACUACUGCGACGGGCUGGACGACGACUCGAACACGAAAACUGGCAGCUCAAGCAGGGCAUCGCCACCACCAAGCCAACCACCGCACCUCUCCGAAAAGCUGCCAGGA